ACUACCGGUAAUCUUCACAUCAUAUUUCCAAGUCACAUACCUCGAGACCUCACUUUCCUAUAAAACUUUUUGGUCCGUCUCUUCUUUGUUAACUUCUCCUGCUGCCAAAUCUGCGUCGAAGGCCCUGAAAUACUUCCCACGAGUAGCAACAUGGAGAGUACCACUAGCCUGAUAACCUUCGCCCUCUUCCCCCUCCUUCCCACCGAGCUCCGUCUCAAGAUCUACAAGCACAUCCUAACCCUCUCCUCCCAACCCCGAAUCCUAAAGAUCUCCUACUCCCCCUCCCUAAAGCGCUACAUCUCCAACACCCCACCCCCCGUGCUCCUCUCAACCAGCUCCGAAUCCCGCGCCUACACCCUCCAAACCUACACCAAUCUCUUCCUUGGGCCCUCUUGCCCCUGGAGGCCCCGCCUCUCCCCUAUCAGCACCCAACACCGCUACCAAAACCCCUCCCCAACCCCAGGCCUGCCCAUCCCCAUCUGCUACGCAACAGACACGCUCUACAUCUCCUCGCUCUUCCCCCUGCUCACCACGCACCUGCACGACUUCCUCUGGAACCUGUCAACCUCCUCUUCGCGCCACCACAUCCAAUCCCUCUCCAUCGACCUCCGCGUCUGGAAUAUAUUGUGUGAGAACGGCUUUAUAGGCUUAUUGGCGAGGAUGAGGAGUCUGAAGGAGGUGUGUCUGGUGGUUGAGUUUGGGAGGUCUUUUGAGGGGGAGUUGGGAUUUUUAGAGGCGCCCGAUUGGAGGGUGGAUUUGAGGUGGGUUGCGGAGAGGGGGAGUGAGAGAGGGGUUAUGGUUAGGUGUGUUAUUUUGACCAAAGGUGGGGAGCAGGCUUGAAUGAAUUCAGAGAUUGAUGUUGAAUAGGGGGUGGGUGGCUUAGGGUGAGGUCUGGAUGUACUCGUAAUCGUACGUUCAUUUAUUUGCAGAUCUGGUGGAUCUUGACGAGCUUAGUUGACGAGUUCAUCUUUAUGACUCCGGAGACUCCAUCCUAUCAA